AUGAAAAACAUAAUCAACAGUUUCUCACCUUUUAUAAACAGAAAUUCCAAUAUUCGAAAUGAAAACAUUGAAUUUAAGAAGUAACUUUUUCAUUUUGAACCUCUUAAUCUUAAUACUUAACUAAUAAAUCAAAUAAGAAUUAAAGUAGAAAGAACAUUAUCUCCAAUUUCUAAUUAGAAUAAACAUGCUCUCUUCUUAACUAAAAUUAAUGUUUAAAAAAAGGCCUUGAAAAAAAUCAAACUCAAAUAAAACAUAGAUUAUAAAUUAUUGCAAGAAUUAGAUUUCAAUGCUAAACUAUAAUAUCUAUAACCACUUGUUCUUCCUUCUACCAAUAGAAGUCAUAAGAAAGACAAUAAUUAAUCUAAAAGAUAAUAAUGUAAUGAUAUACUCUAAUUUUGCAACUCAUAAAUAGAAACUGAAAGAAAAAUUUAAUCUAAAAUUAAUAUACGUCUACCUAAAAUUCAUAAGAGUAUAGACAUAAAUUAAUCAAGAAGUUCUCUCAAUAGUUGGACUAUGAAUAGCUCUUCCAGUCUAUUCUAAAUUAAUAAAUGA